UUUAUGGAGAAUAAAGGAGAUGAGGAAAAUGAAAAAAAUACCGCUGCCACAAAAAUGACUCCAACGAGUGCUAAAGAGCAUCGAAAUCAAGUAUGUUUAGAUAUUGGGAGAUUCUUUUUUGAGAAUGGGAUUCCAUUUAAUUGUGCAAGAAGCCCAUCAUAUUUCAAUAUGUUGCGUUCGGUUGGGAAUUAUGGUCGAUGAUUGAAAGCUCCAACAAUGCAUGAAAUGAGGACUUGGAUACUAAAAGAAGAAGAGAAGACAACAUCCAAAAUUGUGAAUGAGAUCAAAGCAACAUGGAAACGAACAGGGGUUUCGUUAUUAUCAGAUGGUUGGUCAGAUAUGAGAAAUAGGAGUCUGAUCAAUUUUCUAGUUAACAAUCCCUAUGGGACUGUUUUUUUGUAAACUAUUGAUGCAUCAGAUUGUGUAAAAGAUGCACAAAAAUUGUUUGAAUUGCUUGAUGAUGUUGUUGAAGAAAUUGGAGAAGAUAUUGUCAUUCAGGUGAUCACAGAUAAUGCAAGUGCAUACAAGGCCGCUGGAAGAUUAUUAAUGGAGAAGAGAAAAAGUUUGUAUUGGACUCCAUGUGCUGCUCAUUGUAUUGAUUUGAUGCUUGAGAAAAUUGGAGAAUUGCCACAACAUAAAAAUGUUUUGCUUAAAGCAAAGAGAGUUAGCAAUUUCAUCCAUAACCAUCAAUGGGUGUUGAGUUUAACAAGAAAAUUUGCAAAGAAAGAUCUUCUUCGACCAGCUGUCACACGAUUCGCCACUGCCUUUCUAACUUUAGAAAGUAUGCAUCAAUUGAAGCAACCACUACAAAUGAUGUUUGUUUCAAAAGAAUGGUCAAGUUGUGCAUGGGCAAAGAAACCUGAAGGGAAAGCUCUGAAGAAAAUCAUAAUGAAUGAUAAUACAUUUUGGCCUAGUGUAGUUUAUUCCAUAAAAACCACAAAGCCCCUUGUGAAUGUUUUAAGAAUAGUUGAUGGUGAGAGGACACCGGCAAUGAGAUUUAUUUAUGGUGCUAUGGAUGAGGCAAAAGAAAAGAUAGCAAAGAACUUAGAUGGAGACGUGUCUUCAUAUAAGGAGAUUUGGGAGAUCAUUGAUCAAAAGUGGGAGUUUCAAUUGCAUCGCGACUUGCAUGCAACUGCAUAUUACUUGAAUCCUCGAUUCAGAUGGAGUCCCAAUGUUUCCGAGCAUCCAGAGAUUAAAACUGGUUUGUAUAAGUGCAUGGAUAGACUCAUCAAGGACCAAGAAACAUAUGUGAAGGUCGAUGCCCAACUUGAUGAGUAUAAAUACAAGCGAGGAUUGUUUGGCUUCAGAUCAUCCUUAACAUUAUACUUAACACGUCCACCUGUUGAAUGGUGGGACAACUUUGGAGAUGAAGUUCCAGAACUCAAGUCAUUUGCAACAAGAGUUCUAGGUCUUACUUGUUCAGCAUCGGCAUGUGAACGUAAUUGGAGUACGUUCAAUCAAGUGCACACAAAGAGAAGAAAUCGUCUGAGCACAAAAAAGAUGAAUAGUUUGGUGUACAACAAUUACGUUGAAGCACAAAUUUUUUAAGAAACAAUCACGAAGAGAGGAAGAUGAUCCUCUGAUUGUUGAAAAUGUGUCUUCUGAUGAUGAAUGGGUAGCCAAUCCAAAUGAUGAAGAGGAUGGUGAUAGUAGAGCAAUCGAAGUUGGUGGGGAAAUUGAGAUUGAGGAUGAGGGCGGAAGUUUAGCACCGAGGAAGAGGAAAAGAAAUCAAGCACCAAUUGAAGUGAAUUUGGAUGAGGAAGAUGAAUUUGAAGGAGGAGAAGAUGACAGUGAAGAUGGAGAUGAUGGACGAGCUAUACAAUUUCAUGAGAGUGAUGAUGAAGAAAGUGAAGAGUUCUUGGAGAUUUAAUGCAUUUUAUUUAUGAUUUUAAGACUUAUAACUAGAACUUUUAUGACUUUGAUAUGGACUUAUGUGUUGUUUGUUAUGAAUUCUAUGAAUUUUAUGAAAUUUCAUGAAUUUUAGGAUAUUUUAUGAAUUUUAUUAUAUUUUUUAAAUUUUAUUUGUUUUUAUAGUUGAGGCGGACGCCUCGUUGCGCCUCGAGGCUUACGCCUCGCGGUACUAAGAGAAAACGCCUCGCCUCGCGAUUUCGCCUUUCAAAACCUUGGGAGGAAGCAAUGAGAAUGAUGUGAUGCAGGCAACGCCAUAAGCUUUACUGAUACAAAAUAUUUUUUUAAUUGAGUGUUCUUAAAUCCAAAUAUAAGAAGGGAAUCAAUAAUAAUAAAUAUUCUAAUCAAAUCUUGUUCUAGUCUUAAAAUUUUAAUUUAUUGAUUUUGUUUUGAUA